AAAACAUGACACCAACUCUAUUUAAAGAAUAACAACUAAAAACCAUCACUCAAAAAAGAGAGAAAGAGAGAAUCCAUCAAUGGAGUUUGAUCUCGAAAAUCCACUCCCAUUUUCAACUGACAUUUUCCCUUCACUAUUCAAUACAGAGAUACAUCACAUGCCUUCCAAAACCUUACUCUCAAGCCACAAUCUCCCCAUCCGCCGCGAAAUCGCCUCCGCAAUCCUCCACAUCUCGCGCGAAUCCGAUCCUUUCCUCUCCUACCUCGCCGUCAAUUACAUGGAUCGCUUCCUCUCCGCACACUCCAUACCGAAUGGGAAGCCGUGGAUCUUCAGAUUAGUAGCGGUUUCCUGCGUUUCAUUAGCGCUGAAAAUGAGGCAGACAGAGCUCUCCGUCUCCGAUCUCGCGGAUAACGAUGGAGAUUUGAUCUUCAAUUCCGCGACGAUCGAGAGAAUGGAGAUGCUGAUCCUCGGAGCUCUGAAAUGGCGGAUGCGCUCCGUUAAUCCUUUCUCGUUCCUCAAUUACUUCGUCUCGCUCUUCGAUUCCGGCGACGACGAGCGAUCGAUUCAGGCUUUGAAGAACAGAGGAGCUCAGAUCAUCUUCAAAUCGCAGAACGAUAUCAAAUUACUCGAGUUCAAGCCGUCGAUCGUCUCGGCGUCGGCUCUGCUCGUGGCGUCUCACGAGUUUUCCCCGAUGCAGUUUCAACCGUUCAGAGAAGCUAUCUGCAGCUGCAGUUAUGUGAUUAAGGAGGAAUUGCUGCAUUGUUAUGAUGUGAUGGCGGCGGCGGCGGGGCUGUUGACGCCGGCGAAUGUGCAGGAUUUCAGCUGCUCGUUCUCAGAGAUAGAGAGCAGUCAAAUUGAGAAUUCCGCCAUUAAUGAAUCGCCUCAGCUUUCUCAGAACAAUCAGUGACAGGUGAGUGUAUAUAUAUGAUGAGAGGGACAUUUAUUUUGGCCAACAUAAAACCAUCUUCAAACGUUGUCUUUCUUUAACCGUCUCUUAAAUUACUAUUCAUGGCUCCACCAUACUUUUUUACUUCAUCUCUUAAUUAAGGGACGGAACCUGCAACCCUUCAUCUCUUAUUCGUCCCUUAACCGUCUCUUAAAUUACUAU